AUGGACGAAAACCGAGAAAAGUACGAGGCUGAAAUGACAAAGAAGCUGGAUGCAUUCAAAACAGCAAAAGAAUGGUCUGACUUUAUUUCCUUGCUAAGCUCCUUGGACAGCACAAUCAAGAAGUUCUCGGUGCCGGAGAUUCCAAAAAAAAAACUCCUGUUCAAGAGGCUAAAUCAAUGCCUGAAUCCUGUUCUACCUGCAGGAAUACAUAACAAGACCUUGGAGACAUACUCCUUAAUCUUUGAGAGGAUUUCGAGGGAGAGUCUCCUCAAGGACUUCAACUUCCUGACCCUAGGGCUCUUUACUUUUUCGGCGCACUGUAGAAUUCUUGUAGUCAGCUCCUUUCUAGACCUCAUAGAAAGAUACAUUGUUCCUUUGGGAAAGGAUGUGGAAAGCUAUUGCACAAGCAUACUCAUCGGACUUCUCCCUCCAAUGGAGUUUGAAUCUGGAGAGUACUACAGCAGAGCCCACCUCAUAAUAACCGAGUUCAAGUCUCUGAUAUCGCCGGAUGUGUUCUACUCCUCAAUGUGGGGGAUUCUACUCAACGACGAAAGACUCAGAACAUCUGUGGUGAACUCUAUGAUGAGCAUGGGGUGGUCUGAGUCGAUACUGACUCAUGCAAGGCUCAUGGUAAGAGCGCUGUGUGCAGGUCUUGGAAGCGAAUCAACGCUGGUAGUCCGAAACUGCUUGGAUCUUUUGAUUUUUGUGUUUCCCGACAAGAGCCAUGUCGACUCGGCAGAUAUGCUUGACGACCUUAUUGAGGCGGUGAUCAAGCUGUUCGUGAAGAGAGACCUUUCACUCAACAAGAGAAUAUAUGGGUGGAUGUGCAUGGCAGACAGCUUUGAUGAGGUGAAUGUGGUUCUGCUGAGCCGGGCUCUCAAGAGGUUUUUGGACAGAGGCAGUGCCGAGGACAUCCAACUUUUUUUCAGGAUCAUGAUGACGCUGCAGGACAAAGGGAAGCUCUGUGAGAAGAUCAUGGAGAGUCUGCUUUUUGAUAUCCUGGAAUGUCUUAAGCGGCAUGAAAGGGACUAUAUAGAGGAGUAUGCACCCCCAGAUGCCUUUGAGGAGAGGUCGAGCGAAAGCAUUGAUGUGGAGAAGAUAGCAAGGGCGUUUCUAACGACAGACCUGGACUCUGUGUGGAAGAUAUUCUAUCUCCAGCUGAAAAGCGUCCUUAGCCAUUCCAAGGAAAAGAUGCUGUUGGAUAUGGACCUAACUGAUGACGAGGAGUUCAAUGAUAGCAUGGUGAGGGAGGAAAUGUACAGCAUGCAUACAAUGUCUCUGAUCCUUAACGAGGGGCAAAUGACCUCAUCUGAGUGUCUGGCCCUGGGCGCCUCUUCGGGCGAGGUCUACAAAGGAGCCUAUGAGAUGGAAGAAAGUAGUCUUCUUGAAGAGAUGGAGCUUAAGAAGAAAGGCAUAGCGGGAAGGGUGGUGGAAAAUAGGGAAUCUAAAUGGAUCAAGGAUGCCAAUAAUCCCAACCAGGUUCUUGGCUUCAUAAGGUUUGCUGUGGAUAAUUACUCGGUGGUGGACUCUGAGGUUUACCAUUACCAUCUCCCUUUCCUAGUCCACUUGGUUCUCUCUGACUUUCUGUUGUUUGAGCCUCAGGUUCUCUUCUCUUUUUUAGACUUCAGUACGAAACUAAUGAGGUUCAGGGAAAGACAGCUCGAGGGGGGAAAGAACCUCCAAAAGCUGAUCGGCAAGUUUUAUCUGGAAGAGGAUACUAGUGUGCUGGACGAGAUAUCGUCGACGAUACUAUAUAGUAUUUCCGACAAGAUUGGAAAGGUUAUUGAGAGCAAUGUCGCACUGUCUCUUCCUCUCAUGUCCACCUUCAUCAAGAUCCAUGGAGUGGAUGUUUUUCCUAGUGGCUUUAUACAGAGCUACCACUGCCUCGUGCUGAAGUCCUCCAGCAAGCUCAUGAAGGAACAUCUUGAGGUGUACAAGAUUAUAGAUUGCACUCAGCUUGACCCUCUGGGAAUGUUUGAGGUUCUGUGGGGAAGAUUCUGCCAUACCGAGAGAAGCUUGUAUCUAGAAAGGUCGAGGGAACUUGAUGGAGGCGGAGUGCACAGGAGCCCCAGGGCAGGUACUCGCGAAAUGAUCGGAAGAAGCUCUACAAACAAACUUUCUGGCAUUGGCAGGGUACCUAACCGCAAGGUAUUAACUGAGCUUCUGUGGAGAUACAAUAUGAUUUUUCGAGGGAGCUUUGAGAAGCUUCUCCUGAAAAGAAUGGGGGAGGUGGAGGAGAUCAGCUAUUUCCUUCUUCUUAAGCUCGAGAACUUUCGAGGCAACUUUGAUUUCUUGGAGCUGUACUAUGUCCUUAACUGCAAGCUUGAUCCCGACGACCCUGUACUGGACAUAUUUCUCUGUUCCUUGGGUUACUUCGACGACCUAUUCAAAUUCCUUCUGAAGAAACUCGAGGAUUCGAACAUCCAGGCGAAUGACUCUCUUUUUGCUGAAUCGAUUGAUCUCAACCAGAUAGCUGGGGUGUUCAAGUGCAUCAAGAAUCUCCUGAAAUACUCCCGGGGAUUCCGAUCGAUGCUCAUGGACUCUGUGGAAAAGCUUCACUCCGGGGCCCUUCCCUUGGACGAGGCGGUGACGCCUAGGGAGAUGCUGUACAGGAUGCUUGUGCACUUGCUUGUAAAUAGAAAGGAAUAUGACGGGAGAGAUACAGACAUGGAAAUCAUCAAGAUUCUUGAAAUUCUGGUGAGGGGAGGCAUUCUCAGCGGCAGUGUGAUGAACAGCGUGGAUCUUUCCAGGAUUGUGGAUGUGGCAAAGGAAAAUAGAGACGAUCCUGCAAUUGUGCUGGGGAUUGCGCCUGUGAUUAAGCAUAGCGGUAACAGCGCGGCAAUCCAGGACCUGUGCAGCAUACUUGAUAGCCAAUGUUUUUACUAUCACAGCUUCCUGGAAUUCAUCUUUUCGUUGACGGACCGGCUACAGAGGAAAGUUAUGUCGAACGUGUUGUCUUCUCUGGAGAACGAAGAUUUUGGGCUCAUGAUAGUGUCGGAGGCCAUAACCAGCAUGCUACUUAAGAGAGGGUCUGAGGGCGAGCUGCCUGCAUUCAUAGACAAAAGCAUAAAGUUUAUCUUUGAAUUCUUUGAGAACCAGUACGUUGACCUGCAUGAAGAGGAAAGAGGUAGGGAAGCAGACAGAAUAGCCUGUAUGUCUCAAGGAAAUGAACACCACGAAGCACUUACUCUAAGCAGCAGUACAUGUGUGCAAGAAGAGGCAGGGAGGACCAGUGUAAGAAUAUAUGCUUUAAAGCUAUCCACUGCAAAGGAGCUGUCGUCUCUACUCUUCAGGAAGGUGCCCAUCAAGUUUGUCGAAACGAUUCUUGAAGGUUCUCCGUGCAUUCCGUUUUUGAUGUCCAUUGAUUUCAGGGAACAGCUUUACAUCUCCAUCAUGAAUCUCUACUCAAACAACGGUACGAAGGUGUUCAAGUUCCUGAGCACAUUGAACCAGGUCAUGAGUCCACAGGAGCUUAUGAAUGUCUUCAACAAGUCGAAGGGCCUUCUUGAAAAGAUCUCUUCCUAUAGAGCCGGGCCUGAUUAUGCUCCUCUGAGCUUCACAUUGAACUUUCUCCUGGGUCUGGAUCUUGGGGAGAGUGACGAGGCCCUUGUCCAAUCGGUCAUCCUAAAUUCUGUCUACUUCCUGCAGAAGAAGCUGGAUCUAAAGACAAGGAAUGGGGAGAAGGACUACGAAGAUGAGGUUGUGGUGCUUGAAAGGCUAACGGAGUUUAAGUUUCAGAGGACGGUUCUCUCUGCAAUUCCCAGUCUGAUUACGGCCAUUAUUACCCUGGUCAACUCAAACAGCCUUGGCCUUAAGAAUGUCGGAAUCAACCUUCUUGCGAAGCUGAGCGAAAGGGGCCUCGAGGUGAAGUACUGGAAGAAGGAGUUUGUGGAGAUAUUCCAUACGUUGGACUUCUUUAUAUACGGUCUGCACAAGAAGUCAAGCCUCAUGAGGAAGGUUGUGGUUGAAGAUCCGUCUAUCAUCAGUGACCUCAUAGUCAGACUGGACAGCGGGUUCUUUGUUUCGCAGGCCUCUGAUGCAAACAACAAGACGCUGGUGCUGAAGAGGAUUUCGUACAUCAUAUUCUCAGCGCCGUAUAACUACUUUUCGGGCUUCUCUCUGAAGCUUGUCGAAAAAAUAGCGACUCUGAUGAACUAUCCCUCAUCGAAGGUCCGAAAGGAGGUAUUUCUGCUAUCAAAGAUGCUUAUUCUCAAGAUUUCGCAUGACAAGCUGGGCAAUCUGUAUCCUAUUCUUCUGUAUGAUGCUGGCAUAGUGGUUGAAAGCCCGGACUUUGAUGACAUGAUGCUUCUCGUAGAGGUGCUGAAGCUACUAGACAUUGUGUUUCUCCUGAACACGCCGCAGUUCUCUGAGACCCGGACUGUAUUUCUUGGCCCUCGAUACCGUUUGCCGGGAGAAAAGGCGGAUGGUGGAGAAGAAAGAAAGUCUGUGCUUGAAAGUCUAGGAGGCCUGCUGAGGGCCAAAUAUAGAAAGGAGAUUCCCAGCAAGGUCCGGAGGCCCAUCAAGAAGAUUCCAUUUCUGAUGCCAGGGAAAGUAGAUGUCGACGAGAUAUUGGACUUUACAAGCAAUGGACUAUUGUAUUAUAACUGGCUUGACGAGAACUGCCUUGAAAUUGACUAUGAAUACUUAUUCAAUCUGAUUCUUGAAGAGCUCAGGGAAUCGUCUGAAUAA